UCCGAACGGUUGGAAACGAAGCCAGAAACAGAGAAGUACGCGAAGGAGGAAAAACAAAAUCGCCCAGAAGAUGCAAAAAUCGCUCCGAUUUUUCUCAACUUUCCACGCAAAUUUCUCAAGAAAGAAAAUCGAUUUCCGGGUAAGUCUUCUUCAAUGAAAUCGAUUCCUGUUUCUAAUUCUCAGUUUCAGUGCUUAAGAUCGAAAAUGGACGGAAAAACCAUGAAACUUCUCGAGAAUUACGUUUUAGGGCUUCAAUCUCGCUUCUGAAAUUAGGGUUAGGGCUAGGCUUUCUCUAUUUAUGGUAUGCAGAUGUAUUUAGGGUUUGGAAGUUAGUGAUAGAAAGCAGAAACCAUCAUCAUGAAAGGUCGUUCUCACCACCGGCUUCCGAUAUCCGAUCCCCCAGACGACUGGGGCGACGGGUCGUGGACGGUGGAUUGCGCCUGCGGGGUCAAUUACGACGACGGUGAGGAGAUGGUGAACUGCGACGAGUGCGGCGUGUGGGUCCACACGCGGUGCUCCCGCUUUGUCAAGGGGGAAACGUCAUUUGCCUGUGACAAGUGCAAGAAGAAGAAGGGCAGGAGCAACGACAACAGCGAGGAGACGGAGGUUGCACAGCUGCUGGUUGAGCUCCCUAACAAGACAGUGUGCGUGCGCCCGCCCGCAGUGCCGGUCUCGUCUCGGCGCCCUUUCAGGCUCUGGACCGAUAUUCCCAUGGAGGAGCGGGUCCAUGUCCAGGGCAUGCCCGGCGGUGACCCUGCUUUGUUUCAGAACUUGUCAUCUGUUUUCACGUCAGAGCUGUGGAAGUGCACGGGCUAUGUGCCUAAGAAGUUUAAUUUUCAGUACAGGGAGUUCCCCUGCUGGGAGGAGAAGAAGAGGCUCGAGUCCAGUGUUGCAGGGCCUGAGGAGGAGAAUGAGAAUCCGGUGGAUAGAGGGGCAGAUGUUUUGUUCUCUUUGUCAAAAGAGAUUAUUCCGUAUGCAACUCCUGUGGAGACGAUCAGUGGUUUGAGAAGUUUGGUUGAUGGAGCAGAGUGUGAGAGGAAGUCUUCUCCAAAGGAAAAGAGACAGGAGGGUGUGAAGGGUGGUUCGUGCGGCGGACGGAUGCAGAAUUGGGCAAAGAGGGAGAGGAACCAGCUUCGGCCAGUUGGGGUUCAUUUAGGGAAACGGAAGAAGGAAGAGUCAGGGGGACUGAAAGAGCGGAGUGGGAAGAAGAAGGCAAGGAGUACUGAUAAAGAGGCAGAUGACAGGAAGAGAGCUUCUACGCCUGCUGGUGAUGCUCAUACAUUGGAGUUCCAAGAGGGGCCUUUGAAGGUUGCAGAUAUUCAAGACUUAAAGAAUGAAGAUCGAAAGGAAACUAUACUAGCAGAACCCAACUCCGACAGUCAACUUGAAGCAUCCAAUAGUAAUGAUGUUCUCAAGCCUAUAUCAUUGGCUAAGGCACCUGCUGAGGUAUUCUCUAGUGAGGUAUGUGGAAAUGGUUUUCCACCAGAGACAUUGAUAAAGUUAGAGAAUAUUGAGCAACAAGAUUCUGCAAGUAUUAGGAUUUCUCCGACAGUAGAUGCUUUCGCAGUAUCUCCAAUGGAGGGAAAUGAUGUUGCAAGGGCUUCCAUAAAGCAAGAGGAUGGCAACACAGCUGCCGAUGGUUUAAAUGGUGUUAAAGAUGAAAGCCAAAAUAUGGGGGACUUAAGUGGAGGUUCUUCCAGUGUUGCAGUGGACUCAGAGACAAAGCCUCCUGUUGGUUAUCUGAGGAGCACUCUUCAAGGUGUGCAAAGCCCUUGCAUGCUUCAAGACUCGAAUGGUGCAAUUUCUUUGGUCUCUUUACGGACUAAUGUUAAAGCAAAAGGGGAAGUAGAGGACAACAAAGCUACAGGGUCUUCGGAAUUGGUGCCUUCUCCUGCUUGUGAUGGAAAGCUGGAUCUUGUGAAGCACUCACCUCAACGUUUGGGGACAUCUCCAGUGAAUGUCUCAGAGAAUCUUCAGGUGCAUGAUUCGACUGUAAGCAGUUCACUAUCUGUGGAGCACAAAUCAAAGGGUACUGAGAGGGAGUCAGAAGCAGUAGGUAGUCACAAUAAUGAUAAUACUGCAGAGGGAAUGCUUUCUAUACCAGUUGAGCCUCAUCGGUGCAGACAGGAGUCGGAUGAUUUGGCUGGGCCCUUGACAGUGCAAGAAGGUUCUCUAAAAUCUAGGCAUGUUGCCAGAUAUGUCGAAGAGACAUCAAAAUCAGGAGGCAUGAACCCGAGCCUUCCAGCACCUAGCUUGCGUAGACUGGUCGUAGGUGUUGGAAAAUCUUCAUCAGCUUCAUCCAGUGGCAUGGUUUCAAAAUCAUCUGUUUCCAGUACUUAUAAAUCAGUCACUACUCCAUCCCCACCAAGUGUCAAGUCCAUCCAUUUUUCUAAGCAGCGGGUGAAAGUGAAGUCAUCCACUGACCGUAAGAAAGACAAUGCAGCAUCUGAUGCAGUCAGAGAUGAAAGCAAGCAAGAGGUGCCACGAGCUUCAGUAAAAGACCGAGUGAAAAGCCCAGCAAGUGGACCCAAAACAUCACAGACAAACAGGAUUUCACAUGCUACCUCCACUUCCAAGCAUUCUGCUUCGGAUGCCAAGGAACAGGUGCUUUGUCCAUCUGCUAAAGCAUCUUUGACACAGAGUGCAGUGAUUUCUUCAGGUUCAGUGGAGCAUUCAGUUUCAUCACAGGUCCAAGGUGCUUCACAAAGCAAACAUACAGCUCCAGGCUCAAAGAAUGAAAAGAUAAGCCCAUCAUCUGCUCAUCCAUCAUCGAAAGUAAUUAAUCACAGCCCUUCAAUGCCUCCUCCAGCACCCGUUAAUGCUUCUGCAAUACUAAGCGACGAAGAGCUCGCCUUGCUAUUGCAUCAAGAACUCAACAGCUCCCCUAGAGUUCCUCGUGUUCCGCGCAUGCGCCAUGCAGGUAGCGUUCCACAGUUGGUUUCCCCAUCAGCUACAAGCAUGCUUGCGAAACGCCCAUCCAGUUCUGGAGGGAAGGAUCAUAUUUCGGUUUCAAGGAGAAAACCUAAAGAAGAGGCAUGCAAAGAUAACUCUCGCAAUUCCCGGGAUCAGGCCGAUGAAUCUAAAAAGAUGAACAGAUUACCGCCUUCUCCUGACAACAAACGUCAAGAUUCUGCCUUCACAACAGAUGGUUUGACUAAGAAGGAUGCACGCAACAGGUCUCCUGAUGGUGUAGCUUCUGCCAAGAAGAUCAUGCUUGUUCCCUCCACUCCUGUUGCAAACCCUCCUCCCCCUGUAGAGUCUAAUGACCAGAACCUGCCAUCCAUUCGUAGCUCACCUAGGGAUAUGUUGGAUGAUGAUGUGGGUGGAGUUGCCCGCACUCUACCAGGCUUGAUUGCAGAGAUCAUUAGCAAGGGCAAGCGCAUGACGGAUGAUGAGCUGUGCAAUGCUGUCCUUCCACACUGGAAUAGCUUAAGGAAGCAUAAUGGAGAGCCAUAUGCAUACUCAACUCACUCACAGGCUGUUCUUGAUUGCUUGAAGAACCAGAAUGAAUUGGCUCAGCUUAUUGAUCGUGGGCCCAAGACCAAUUCGAGCAGGAAGAGACGGAAGCUAGAUGCUGAUCCCCCUGUAGAAUCUGAGACUGAAGAUGCUAAAGACAAUGUUACGAAGCCCGUAGAAGACAAGAAUGUCAAGUCACAACAGGAGGACUUUCCCAAGGGCAAAAGGAAGGCCCGGAAGCGCAGACGACUGACGCUACAAGGUAGAGGCUUGAAGGAGGUCAGGAGGCGGCAAAAGGCAGAAGCGUCAGCAGACGACGACUUUGGGGUGUAUUCUCAUUCGAGCGAGGGCACUGAGGGCAUCUUUAGUGAGGAUGAGAGUCAGGGAGGUAGAAUAGCCACCUUUGCAAGUGAUGCCUCUACUUCCAGCUCAGACGAGAAUGGAAUGGUGUAGGUUGUAGAUUGGGGUUCCUUCUCAUGUCCCAAAUGGUGCGGAACUCACCUGACUGGGACGAUGAGAAGUACAAUGAGCAGCUGUAGAUCAUUGUAAUUUAUUGUCUGCGCGUCAGCCACUUCAGGAUGUGCCCCUAUCAGAUGGUUUGCAUGACUAGAGAAAGCCUCUGGUCUCAAAGCGGUGUGAGAAGAUCUGGUAGUCCCAUCAAUGGCAGAUUGGUGCAGCUCGACCGUUCAGGGAUAUGCUGAAAAUAUCGGAAGGGCUGUGUUAUUCUGCAUGGGAAUUGGGGGAUGCCCUGUUAAUAGAUUCUGGGGUGGCAAUUGUAAUACUAGUGUAAAUUAAUUUGUAUUUUAAGACCAUUUAUUUAAGCUGUUUUUUGGGCAUAUUUUUGCCAGCGAUUUGAAAGAUUGGAAAAGGCUGGAGGAAUUUCAAGACA